AUGGAAAAUCUGUCCAAGAAUGAAGAUUCUGAAGAUGUGGUCAAAGCCAGUCAAGAAUUAAAUGGAUCUUCGAGUUUUAAGGAGAAUGAGAAAGACGAUUUUAAUUCAAAGUUGGAAAUGAUCUUCUCCCUUUACAAGAAACACUGCGGUGAAAGAUGCAGACUGCCAGAGACAUCUAAGUGCCCAAUGAGAGAUGAAAAGCGGCUCCGCGAUCAACGGCUCGAGUCCCUCGUACAAAUCAGAGCAUUAUGCCACCGGUUUGAAGGCAUGGUAGCAGCUGAACAGAUUGCAGGGAAAUAUUUAUCGUUUGACGAUGUUGCUCAACGUGAUGCACUUGACAUUAUGUGUAUUCGCUAUGAAGAGCUUUCAGACGACAUUUUUGCGCCCAACGAUGCAUUUAUGUCUUUGUUCGACGCAGACUACGAUCAAAGGUGUUACCCUGUUGAAGAGCGAAAAUUACCGAAGCUAUCAUCGAAUUGUGACGAUACUGGCGCAGACUAUGCGGAAUUAUGCAUCCAAAGCAUGCUAACGGAGGUUGGGCUGUGUUACGUUAACAAAAUCGACACGCUGGUUAAGUCGAUGGCUACGCAGGCUGCUGAGUAUCACAAUCUCAUCUCUUUGCAAGUGAACACAAUGAACUCCAUUGCUCUCGACAACAGUAAAGCUCGCGAGGAGUCAGGCGAUCUGGCUGCGACUCUCGAGAAAGUGGUAGGAGUUGUAGCUACUCGAAUACUCGAAAAAUCGGAAGAAGAGCGAAAUUUGUGA